CCGAGCCGGGCCGAGCCGAGCCGAGCCGGGCGGUUUAAACCACCUGCCCUUUGAUCGUGCCAGCACCGAGUCCCUGGGGCUGGGCAGCGCUGCUGGCCCGCGGGGGUCGGACAGCCCGGCUGAGGAUGGAAGUGACCCGAGGAAGAGGAGCAGCGUUCCCCCAGAUGGUGGCAGAAAUCUGAGCCUGGACUCCAUUCCGAUGGGAUUGCCAAUGUCCGACCCGACCGCCUGGGCCACCGCCAUGAACAACCUGGGCAUGGCUCCCAUGGGCAUGACAGGACAGCCCCUCCUGCCUGAUUUUGAUCCUGCUCUUGGGAUGAUGACUGGAAUCCCUCCGAUCAACCCCAUGAUGCCAGGCCUGGGGAUCGUCCCACCUCCCAUCCCUCCGGACAUGCCGGCCGUGAAGGAGAUCAUCCACUGCAAGAGCUGCACUCUCUUCCCACCUAACCCACAUCUUCCCCCUCCGGCCACGAGAGAGAGGCCCCCAGGGUGCAAGACAGUGUUUGUUGGAGGCCUGCCAGAAAAUGGGACAGAGCAGAUCAUCAUGGAGGUGUUUGAGCAGUGUGGGGAGGUCAUAGCUAUCCGCAAGAGCAAGAAGAACUUCUGCCACAUCCGCUUUGCUGAGGAGUUCAUGGUGGACAAGGCACUUUACCUGUCUGGCUACCGCAUCCGGCUGGGCUCCAGCACGGACAAGAAGGACAUGGGGCGGCUGCACGUGGACUUUGCGCAGGCGCGGGAUGACCUCUACGAGUGGGAGUGCAAGCAGCGCAUGCUGGCGCGCGAGGAGCGGCACCGGCGCCGCCUGGCCGAGGAGCGCUUCCGCCCGCCCUCCCCGCCCCCCGUCGUCCACUACUCCGACCACGAGUGCAGCGUGGUGGCCGAGAAGCUCAAAGAUGACACCAAGUUCUCGGAAGCCAUCCAGACCUUGCUGACCUGGAUAGAACGUGGGGAAGUGAACAGGAGAACUGCCAACAACUUCUACUCCAUGAUCCAGUCGGCCAACAGCCACAUCCGCAGGCUCGUCAACGAGAAGGCGGCUCACGAGAAGGAGAUGGAAGAAGCUAAAGAGAAGUUCAAACUGGCUCUCUCAGGGAUCCUGGUGCAGUUCGAGCAGAUAGUGGCCGUGUACCAUUCUGCCUCCAAACAAAAGGCUUGGGACCAUUUCACGAAAGCUCAGCGUAAGAACAUCAGCGUGUGGUGCAAACAAGCAGAGGAAAUCCGUAACAUCCACAAUGAUGAGCUGAUGGGCAUUCGGAGGGAGGAGGAGAUGGAGAUGUCUGAUGAAGAAAUAGAAGAUCCAUCAGAGAUGAAAGAAACAGAAGAGUCAGCACUGGUGUCGCAGGUGGAGGCGCUGAAGGAGGAGAACGACAGCCUGCGCUGGCAGCUGGACGCCUACCGCAACGAGGUGGAGCUGCUCAAGCAGGAGCAGGGCAAGGCCACCAGGGACGAGGACACCACCAAGGAGCAGCAGAUGAAGCUCCUCCAGCAGGCUCUGCAGGGCAUGCAGAAGCAUCUUUUGAAAGUCCAAGAGGAGUACAAAAAGAGAGAAGCUGAGUUGGAAAAAGUGAAAGAAGACAAACUGAAAAUAGAAACAUUACUAGAAAACCUGAAGGAGCAGCAGAGCAUGGCAGAUGAAGAGGACAAGGAGGGAGAUGCAGCUGACUGCCAAGGGAAUGAGGGCAGCACGUCCAGAGUUUGUGCCUGCAGCCAGGAGAAGGAAUGUCCAGUGGAGAAGACAUUGAGCAACAGCCCUGUGAAAUCUGAGCGAGAAGUUCUCUUAGUUGGGAUAAUUUCAACGUUUCUCCACGUGCACCCCUUUGGAGCAAGCAUUGAGUACAUCUGCUCCUACCUGCAGCGCCUGGACAGCAAGAUCUGCACGGCGGAGGUGGAAGUUCUCAUGACACGACUGCAGAACACGUUCCGGCAGGAGCUGAGCGGGGUUGGGGCCAGCCUGGAGAAGAGGUGGAAGUUUUGUGGCUUUGAUGGGUUGAAAAUGACUUGAACUUUGACUUAACACUGGAAACAGUGGGAUGGGGAUGCCGAGAAAACCCGGGGUGCUCCUCCCUCUGUUCCUGAUGAUUCCCUCGCACCACGGCCUCGGGGUACAAGGUGUAAAAGUGAAACCAAGUCCACAGCAGCACUGGAAGGAACAUUCUGCAACUCGUUUGGUCAGUUAUUUGUUAAUGGGCAAGUGCUGUUCAAUAUAUUUGGGGAAAAAGCUCCUGCCUGACCCUUUGAAGCACAGCGUGUCGACUCCGUGUUCUGCCAAUGUUGUAUGUGCUUGUGUGCCCAAAUUCCCCCUCCUCAGCCUUCCUUCUGCUGGGAACAGCCAUAGACUGUCCUGAAGCAACAACCAAGGGGCAUCUUCUGGUUUCUAGAUCACCAAAAGGGACAAAAAAAGGCAUUUUUUAGAUAUUUCUAUGAGUAAAAACCAAGGUAUGUUUAAACAGAAGAUUUAGAUGGCUCAGGAGCCUCUGAGCCAAGGCAUUGGUUCUUUCUGUGCUGUUUUCUCUGGUAGCAGUUAAGCUGAGGUGGGGCAGAGGGGGAUUCUGGCAGUGCCACUCGUGCUCUGGGUCAGUCUGUACAGAACCUUUCACGUGGGAAGGGUGUUUAGUUUCCUGGGGCUGUGGGUGGAGCAGAGCUACAUCAGCCUGGCUUUUGGUGAUUUUUACCACCCACUUCCUCCACCUAUGUUGCUUUGGAGACCAAGCUCAAGCAGCACAGUCUCUCUGCUCCUGAACCUUCCCAGCACUGUUCCUCGUGUUCCCAGUGCACGCCAGGCUCUCCCCAGCUGUGCAGAGGUGCAGGGUAGCACAGCUCAGCCCAUCGCUCCAGCCCGCCCAGGGCCCUGCGGGGAUCCUCCUGCUCCAGCAGCCCCACAUCCCUGCCCUGCCCGCUGUCACCUGCAGUGUUCCUGUUCUCACAUCCUGACUGUUCCCAGCCCAGCAGCUCUCACUCUUUUUUCUCUCUCGGUUUUCCAGCUGCACUCUUCCAGCCCCUCCUGUUCGUUCCCCACGCCCCAGGUGUUGGUGUGCUUCACUUGGGCUGUCGAUCCCGCCUCAUUUUUGGGGGAGAAGCCCCAGUUCCUACGUUCCUGUUCUCAGGCACUUCCUGAAUUUGUGACACAUCCCCAGCCCUGGUGUCAUUGUGCCAAGUGUUUUGCCACCCUGUGCCAUGGCUGAGGUGGUGCCCAGGUGAGCACAGGGACAUUUCUGGAGUGUUCCGUGUAGCUGGCACAGACACCUGGUGUUGUGGGAGCCAAUUCCUCAUCCAAAACUCCAAAAUUCCCCUGGUGACACCAGGCCUGGAGCCAGGCAUUGACCUGCUGGCUCUGUUUCUCCUCUCACCAUUCCCUGCAGGUGGAAGGACAGAGGAGAGCCCUCCCUGUGCUUCUGCUCCCUCAUCCAUUCGUCCCAAGGCCCUGAGGUCUCUCCAGAUUCCCUGGAUUUCUUCCUGCACCUUCAUCCUCCAGCCUAGAUGAACCAUCCUCUCCCUGUUGCUCCCACUGGCAGGGCUUGGCACCAGUUCUCCCCACUGGGGGAGCUGGGAUGGUCACAGAGGGGACGCCUCUGCUGUGCCAAGUGGGAAUGUGGCACCUGUGCCACCUGUCCCUUGGGGUCAGCCCGGUGGAGAGAGGGCAGUGAGGUGAGACCUCUCCUUGGGAAAAUCAGGGAAGAAACUUCAGGAAUCAGGACGGUUCCAGAGCCCUGAGAGCAGCCGUGGCUGGAGCACACCUGGAGUCAGGGGAGACGUGGGAUGAGCGGGGCCGGGGCUGGGCUCCCCAGCGCGGCAGCUCCCGCGGCACAAGGGCUGCGGGGUGGGAGCUGGGAUGGGGCCGGGGCACCGUGGGCAGCCAGAGCCCCCUCCCGGGGGGCUGAGGGGGCUGGGGCUGUUGGAGAGACCGGGCAGGUUGUUCCAUGGGGCAGCAGGAGGGAGAGGAGCCGGGGCCUGUGGAGCAAUGGCUGGUGCUGUGAAAGUGAGUCAGGGCUGGAGCACCCCAGGGUCCUGCUGCUUCCCCUCUCACGGCUUUCCCUACCAGGGCCUUUCCAGAGGGGCUGAGGUUUCUCCCAGGAGAAAUCUGUCCUGCAGAUGGGCUGCCGAGGUGACACCCAGGGAUGGGUGACAGAGCCCUUCCCUCAGGACGAGCUGUUCCCAUGGGCUGUUGCUCUCCCUGCUCCCAACACUGAGCACUUGCCACACUGGGAGCAGAUAAAAAACUGUUAAAAAAUGUUCUGAAUAGUUGUGUCCCUGCAGAUGAAUGCUGUAUUUUUAAGGAAUAAACAUUUUUUAUGGGCAAA